UCGGCGUGGUGAUGCUGCUGGCGCUGGUCAUCCUCAUCCCGGCGCUGGUGAGCUCGGCGGGCGCGGACGGGCGCUACGAGAUGCUGGGCACCUGCCGCAUGGUCUGCGACCCCUACCUGGGCCGGGCGGCCGCCACCGCCAGCGCCCGCCCGGAGCCCGACACCCCCGGCGGGCCCCCGCCGCCCUCCACGCUGGUGCAGGGGCCGCAGGGCAAACCGGGCCGGCCGGGCAAGCCGGGGCCGUCGGGGGAGCCGGGCCCGCCGGGGGCCAUGGGCCCGCCCGGGGAGAAGGGCGAGCCCGGCAAGCCGGGGCCCCCCGGCCCGGCGGGGGGCAGCGGCGCCUUCAGCACCGCCACGUACAGCACCGCGCCCCGCGUGGCUUUCUACGCCGGGCUCAAGAACCCGCACGAGGGCUACGAGAUCCUCAAGUUCGACGACGUGGUGACCAACCUGGGCAACAGCUACGAGGCGGCCACGGGCAAGUUCACGUGCAGCGUCCCGGGCACCUACUUCUUCACCUACCACGUGCUGAUGCGCGGCGGGGACGGCACCAGCAUGUGGGCGGAUCUGUGCAAGAACGGGCAGGUGCGGGCCAGCGCCAUCGCGCAGGAUGCUGACCAGAACUACGACUACGCCAGCAACAGCGUCAUCCUGCACCUGGAUGCCGGCGACGAGGUCUUCAUCAAACUGGACGGCGGCAAGGCGCACGGGGGAAACAACAACAAAUACAGCACGUUCUCGGGCUUCAUCAUCUACUCGGACUGA